CCGGCUUUCAGGAAGUAAAGCGUCUGUCUGCGGUAGAAGUGCAGGCGUACUUCUGCGGGAAAGUUAUUUAUCGGUACAAGUUUUGGAAAGGGACCGAAAUAUUCGACUUAGAGCUGAUAUUUUUAUAGAGACCUUUGACUGCAGGUUCAUCAUAUUUUAUAUUUAUGAGUUUUGAAACACUAGUCUUGAUUUCCAGGAGGCUAAAAAUAGCGGUGUAUGUGUUAACUGUAGAUUUCAGUCCUGCUUUCGUGUGUAUCACAAAUUAAAAUGAAGGACUAGCUGAAUAGAAAGAUAAGCAAAAUCUGAGAAUUUAGAUGCGGCACAUUGCCGCUUGCAAACUGGAAGUGGCUUUCGAGUUUGCGUUGCUUGUGUUCUGUAGUUGCGAGGCAGAAAUUGACCCGGAAAAGACCGUCGCGUAAAUUUCGGCCAAGUUUAACACUCACUUUCACCGCGUACGCGAUUCAGUUCAUCCCCAAGGUGUAUCUUCAGAGACGGAUUUUGUUUCCCGCCAUUAGCAAACAAAAUGUCUUAUGAUUUCUCCUUAGGUGUAACUAAUAAUAUGGCUGCAGACUGGCUGGGAAGUUUGGUGUCGAUCAACUGUGGACCUACACUCGGUGUAUACCAGGGAGAAGUGUCUGCGGUGGACCAGGGUAGUCAAACUAUAUCACUGAGGCAUCCUUUCCACAAUGGCAUCAAGUGUCUGGUUCCUGAGGUCACUUUCAGUGCCAUAGACAUCAAGGAUCUUAAGAUUUUGGAGAUCCGAAAUGGUAGCCAGGGCGGCAGACUCAGCCAGGUCAGUGUGGUUGACUCGGGCCCCUUGUCUGCGGGAAGCCAGGAGCAGGGUGGCGACGGAUGCAGCGGGGCACCAGCUAGCAGUGCUCCAGUGGCAGUGCCACGUAAAACAGAACUGACAUUGCUGGAGGAGAGGAGCUCACUGCCUCAGCCACAGUGCUCCAAGAGUUACGGGGAACGUCGCAGUGAGGCAGCGGGGCAGGCCAAAGGCCCCCAGCAGAGACGCAACUCCUGGUCUUCGAGUUGCAGGGGCCCCAGUCAGGCCACACCCAAGAAGAACGGGAUGAAGAGCGGCGGCGGACCGGCAAAGAACAAAGACAGCGAGUGCUUUGGCGACGGCGUGGACGAAGGCCUCGGCACAGACUUUGACUUUGAGGGCAACCUGGCGCUGUUUGACAAAGCGGCUGUCUUCUCCCAGAUCGACACGUCGGAGCGCCGUGCUGGCGGGCCCCGUUCCCGCGGGGGGCCUGGCGAGCGGACGCCCUCCCGUUAUCGUCACGACGAGAACAUCCUGGAGGGAAAGCCCGUCAUCUACCGGCAGAUAACUGUGCCACAGCCUGGGGGGGUAGAGUACUGCACCGACUCGGGACUGGUGGUGCCCAGCGUGACCUACGACCUGCAUAAGCGCCUGCUGUCCAUGGCGGAGCGGAGCGGCCUCACGUUGGAGCGCCGCUUGGAGAUGACGGGCGUGUGUGCCAGCCAGAUGGCGCUGACACUGCUGGGUGGGCCCAACCGGUUGACCCCCAAGAACGUGCACCAGCGCCCCACAGUGGCCCUGCUGUGUGGCCCCCACGUGCAGGGUGCCCAGGGCGUCAGCUGUGGACGACACCUGGCCAACCAUGAGGUGGAGGUCAUCCUCUUCCUGCCCAACUUUGUCAAGAUGAUAGAGGCCAUCACUAAUGAGUUGACCCUCUUUAACAAAACGGGAGGCAAGCAAGUGUCCAGCAUCAAAGACCUACCCGAGAGCCCAGUGGACCUGGUCAUCAACUGCCUCGACUGUCAUGAAAAUGCCUUCCUCAGGGACCAGCCGUGGUACCGGGCUGCCGCAGACUGGGCCAACCAGAACCGAGCCCCUGUGCUGAGCAUCGACCCGCCGGUGAGCGGGCAGGACCAAGCGGUGGAGGCCAAGUGGUCCCUCUGUCUGGGCCUGCCCCUGUCGCUGGCCGAGGGGGCAGGCCGGGUUUACCUGUGUGACAUUGGCCUGCCUCAGCAAAUAUUCCAGGAAGUGGGCAUCAGUUAUCACUCGCCGUUUGGCUGCAAGUUCGUCAUUCCCCUGCACUCUUCAUAACAGGACCCGUGAUUGAACCAGGCCCCUGGCCUUCACUUAUCCACUUCAGUCAUCCUCCCUAGGGUGUGACAACAGUUAAUUUGGAGACUGCACCAAAUAUAUUCCAUGACAAAAGAAAAAAAGAGGUAAAAGAAGCUCUAAUGGGUUUUUGCCAUUCAGUAGAGAUUUGCAGGGGUCUUGGAUCCACUUGAGUAUUCUAGACCUCUACUGGUGCUCUAUUCUGCUGGAGACUGAGCUGGACCCAGUGACCAAGCUGCUUGGAUGUUUUAUGUCAUGCUGAUCAUGGUCUACGAUUCAUGUGGUCAUGGAAGUGAAGAAGGCAUGGUCCUUUUGAGGUGGAGCCAGCGUUGACAGUUGAGGUCCCUGUUGUGUGAAGCCAGUCACAAAAGCAGUUGGAAAGUCUUAUGAAAACUAUAAGUGUGGAAGGAGGAUGUUCUGCUGAUGUUCUAUACAAAACAUGUGACUGUGUUUUUGAGUUUAUAUUUUGAAAUGAUUGAUAGUGUCAUUUUGGCUUUAAAAGGAAGGAAUGUCUGAUUCUGUAAGGCUUUCGGUAUUACUCUUCUGUCUGCUAUGAUUGCACUUUGAGCUGAAACCUGAGGCAGAAUCUGCCUUGUAAUGACUGCCACCCAGCCUGUGUUUCACUCGUUUGAACUUUGCCUCCCACAUUUUGGAAGAAUUCUCUCCCCUGGCCAACAUAAAGCGAAAUCGAGUCUGGUGAUGGAAAGCAGUGUCUUUCCAGGUUCUGCCGAAGUGGAUCACAGCACUGCUUCAGUUCUGCCUUACAGUAGCUCACAUGCAAACUGCACAGUGUGAGUUUCCAGUGAAAACCCUACAUCACUAGUUUAUCGUUCAUCAGAAGCUGCAGUCUUUGACCGUCAGAGAGUUGGAAUAGAUAGGAGUUAUUUUGCAGGAAUGCUGAAUACAUUCCCAAGCUAAAUGCGAAAUUGGGGCAGGGGUGCCAUUUUUAAAUUUAAUACUAUGUGGUUAUACUCAGCCUUAAAUGUUUAAGUAUGAAUGUUUUUUUUUUUUUUUUUAACAAACAUUUGUAUCAUUUUAUUUCUAUCCUUUUUCAUAUAUAAGACAGUCGUGUCUACUCAGGGAAAGCCACGGAUUGCUUCCUCGCUGGAAAGGUUCUACUCCAUUAAUUAAAACUAACAUUUGUUUCAUUACCACAGUGAUUUGCAGGUAAAUCUGUCACUUUUCAUCUGCGUUACUUUCGGUUUACUCAUUGACCCUUAUAUUUGUCAAAAGUUUUAUUGUCAUCAUCUCUGUUUGUCCCCCUUUCUGGCUGCACUGAAAUGUUUGCCUUGGAAUCAUUUGCUUAUUUGGGUACACACAUUCGGUGUCUGUCUCUCUGUCCAUGUGGAACUGUUUGUCUUCCCUGUUCUCGGUCUUAUGUUUGUUCAAUUCUAAUCUGUGGUCCACAGGGCUAGUUUGUCACUCAGGAGCAAAGCCGUCUUCCCUGUUUGCCCAUGCAAUGACAGUGUGAAUAUUUUCUAGGGGGAGUUUUGACUUUUUCCCAAGGCACAGGCUACAGGGUUGAUGCAUUUCUCUAUCUGGCUUACCAGCCUCACCCUGAUCCAGUCAGGCUCUGAUGUUACCGUUGGUUUAAAAGAAAUUGACUUUUCCAUAGUUUUUCACACCAUGAGACUUUGAAUUAAAGAAUGCCAGUUUAGCAUUUUGAAGCUGUGGACAUUUCAUUACUAGCUUGUUCUCAGGGCCUAAUUAUUGUGGAUUGAAGUAAUGGUGUCAUGGCUCUGUGGCCUUGGAAGCGUUUAUUACUUGUAACACUCUGGUUUUAAACAUGUUUAUCAGCAAGACUGGUCUUUCAGGGUCUCUGCUGUUUAUGCUCCGGUGAGAGGGCAGCAGCUGUGGAUUCUGUGCAAGAACCUUUUUGACAGGUGCUUCCUUUGCAGCACUGAAUGUAACUGGGAGUAAGAAAAGCAGACCAGCCACAAUUAUCACUGACAGCGAGUUAAGCAGAGAAGGUACUGCAAAGAACAACCAUACAUUGCUUGUUUAAUAUUUUGUGAAUGUGGAGGCUUCAUGGCUUUCAUGCACUGAAUAAUGUGGUCCUCCAGGGUUUGGUAAUAUGCAGCUGUGCCAUUUUUUUUUUAUCAUUACAGUUUUCACUUAAGGGUGAUAAUGAUCAAUUCAUUUCCAUGCUUUUUUUGUUAAUUUUAAUUUAUUUUGUAUAAUUUGGGAGUCACUUGUGAACUCCAGUGAUGGUGUGAGGGAUGCUGUUUGCUCCAGGCCUUCCUGUAAGAUGGAGGAGACGUGAACUAAACUGUUCGUGAACAGAUGUAGGGGGAGGGUCAACCAGUGUCACCGAACAUUAUAGAGCCUGUGGUGGAGUUUUGAGUUCCAAAUAAAGGAGUUCUGUUUCUGGCAAA